UUUGUACAGAGAUCUUCAAAAGAGAGUGUGUGAUCUUCCAGAAACCAGUCUACUGCUUUGUUCAUCUGAGCAUUCAGGAGUUUCUGGCUGCUGUCUACAUGUUCCACUGUUUCACCAACAGGAAGAUAGAGGUGCUGAAGAUGUUUCUAAAAUCAGAAUCUUUAAUCGAGAUGAUUUCCAGUGUUUUUGAUAACAAAGAUCUCCAAUCACUUGAUGUGUUUCUGAGGAGAGCCGUGGAGAAAUCCCUCCAGAGUAAAAAUGGCCACCUGGACCUGUUUGUUCGCUUCCUUCAUGGCCUCUGUCUGGAGUCCAACCAGAGACUCUUAGUAGGUCUGCUGGGUCAGACAGAGAUCAGUCCAGGAACCAUCCAGAGAGUCAUCAACAACCUGAAGGAGAUGAACAGUGAUGAAAUCUCUCCUGACAGAAGCAUCAACAUCUUCCACUGUCUGAUGGAGAUGAACGACCUCUCAUUAUUUCAGGAGAUCCAAGAGUUCCUGAAGUCAGAGAAGAGAUCAGAGAAGAAACUCUCUGAGAUCCAGUGCUCAGCUCUGGCCUUCAUGCUGCAGAUGUCAGAGGAGGUUCUGGAUGAGUUGGACCUGCAGAAGUACAAAACAUCAGAGUGGGGACGACAGAGACUGAUUCCAGCUGUGAGGAACUGCAGAAAGGCUGGACUGACUCGCUGUCGACUCUCAGAGUCUCACUGUGAAGUUGUGGCCUCAGCUCUGAAGUCCAACCCCUCCCAUCUGACAGAGCUGGACAUGAGUGGAAAUGAUGACCUCCAGGAUUCAGGUGUGAAGCUUCUGUGUGCUGGACUGGAGAGUCCAAACUGUCGACUGGAGACUCUGAGAUUGAUGAGCUGUGGUUUGUCAGAGAUCAGCUGUGAUUAUCUGGCAGCAGCACUGAAGUCCAACCCCUCCCAUCUGAGAGAGCUGGACCUGAGCUCCAACAAGCUGCAGGAUUCAGGAGUGAAGCAUCUGUGUGGUUUCCUGGAGAGUCCAGGAUGUGGACUUGAAACUCUGGGAUUGUGGGACUGUGGUUUGUCAGAGAUCAGCUGUGAUUAUCUGGCAGCAGCACUGAAGUCCAACCCCUCCCAUCUGAGAGAGCUGGACCUGAGCUCCAACAACAAGCUGCAGGAUUCAGGAGUGAAGCAUCUGUGUGGUUUCCUGGAGAGUCCAGGAUGUGGACUUGAAACUCUGAGAUUGUGGGACUGUGGUUUGUCAAAGAUCAGCUGUGAUUAUCUGGCAGCAGCACUGAAGUCCAACCCCUCCCAUCUGAGAGAGCUGGACCUGUGGGGAAACAACUUGAAGUAUCCAGAUGUGAAGCAGCUGUCUGAUCUUCAGCAGAGUCCAGACUACAGACUGGAGACUCUGGAGUGGAGCUGAUGAUGGUAAACAGGACAGUGUGUGUGCUGAGAGGAGCAGCUGUGUCC